GCUUUUUCCGUGUUUCCUGCUUCCUCUUCCUCAUCUUCUCUUUCUUCUCCAUGGCGGAAAGCUUAUAACAACGCAAGUCACAAACAGCUCCAGCUGGAAUCUUCUCUCUUUUUCUCUCUCCCCCCCCACUUCGAUCGACGAGGAGACUUCAUAAGGUACUGUAUUGGAUGUUAUGAAGAAGGAGACAACCAAAGAGAGAUAAUUAGAAAGAAGAAGAUGAGUGAAGAUUCAAGAGAAGGCUAUUACAAAGCCAAGCAAGAGGGAGCUACCAUGAACAACAAGAUCGACAAAUUCUCAAAGGUACCUUCUUCAAGACAGUGGCCUGGCUUUAGAAAUCCAAGAAUCGUACGAGUUUCUCGAUCUUUCGGAGGAAAAGAUAGGCAUAGCAAAGUCUUCACCAUAAGAGGACUAAGAGACAGAAGGAUUAGGCUAUCAGUUCCCACAGCAGUUCAGCUUUAUGAUCUUCAAGAUAGGCUUGGAUUUAGCCAACCCAGUAAGGUCAUAGAUUGGUUGCUUGAAGCCACAAAGUAUGAUAUUGAUAAGCUCCCACCUCUUCAAAUGCCUUAUGGCUUCCCUCAAUUUCAUCCACAAGCCCUACUUCCUCACCACCAUGAACCAGCAAUAUCUUUGCACUCUUCUCUUGAUAUAGGAUCUGUGUUUGAGAAAGGAAAGUGGGUCAAAGCAAGUGAAGAAGAAAAUGAGGAUAAUGGGUUUGGUGAGAUCCCAUUUCAGAAGCAUUUUCCCUCGGGGGCUCAUCAGUACUAUAAUGGCAUGCCAUGUAAUUAUAACCCCUAUCAGUUGGAACCUGCGAGCCUAUCUUUAUCCCAAUUUGGAAGCCAUGGAUUAGUGUUUCCUUCACAGACAGAAUAUGCGAACACUCAAAGCAGUAGCGGCAACGGCGUGCAAUUUUCAUCUUCUUUGCCUGCUGUAGCACCACAACCUUCUGGUUCUAGUAAAUUACUGUUUUGCCCACCUUCUUCUUCUUCUUCUGCUGCCACAGUACCCUCGUUUUUUCUUCCACAUCAGAUUGCCACCUCAGCAGAAGACAGUGAUCCGAGGGGACAAUUCAGGAACCAUGUUCAGUUCUUGAGCUCGUCAAGUUCUCAUGUACCAGCAGCAACUCCUAAUUACCCUCACAUUUCAUGUCUGAAACCUCUCCCAGUACCAUUUACUUCUAAGCUUCUUGAUUCAGAUCAUAAUAAUAAUCAACCAAACAAAGGAAGUACCCUUCCAUUCAUAUCUCAUAGUUGAUAUUGUAACCCUAAACAACUUCUUCAUCAUCAUGCGAGAUGCUUACUUCUUUUGGAUAUUCUUCAAAGCAGUCUGUCUAUCAACAUGCUGAAGCAUGCUCCGUUUUAUGAAGCUAUAUGGUGAUGAAUAUACGAACGCACGCUCGUUUGUAAGUAUGGCAUUACUAUAUAUACGUGUGUGUGUGAGAUUAUAUUUGGGAUAUGGUUAAGUUUGAAUCUGUGGUUUCUGGGUGCUACAUAUAUAUACCAGGUGUUGGCAAAACCAUAUUAUUAUGGGUGCAAUUCAGAAAAAAAAUAAAGCUAAAAUGACGUUCAUUUUGCUU